CCCAGCUGGCGUCUACACCGGUGACAGUCUUCAGUCUACACUACAGGGGGCAUUUUUAGGUGGCUCCCAAAGGGGCGCCAACUUGAAAUCCCUGGGCAGCAAAUGCUCGCAUACACACACAGAGAGAAGUUGAACGCCUGAGUCUGUAACUCGUAGUUUCAAGGGCGCUGUGCUUGGGCUUGUUUGAAGAAGGUUGAGCGAUUGCUUGAGCUGGGUAGCAUAGGCGAGCUUUCGUGUGCAUGCACACGCCUCGUGUCCUUGGUGGAUUUCCAGGAACGUCCUCCUGAAGAGGAAGGAAAUUGAGGGCAUAACAAAGGUUUGAACAUUAGGAGCUGGAAGUAGUGUAAGGACUUGUUUCACAAGGCAGACACCCGGCUUAUGGCACAGAGGGAAGGUGCACCCGUCGCGGGUGGAGGGACCAGCGAGGACGGCAGCUUCAGCUAUGGCUUUGCUUCUUUCCGGGGCAAGCGCGCGGCGAUGGAGGACUUUCACCACGCAUCAACCACGCAGAUAGGAGGAAAGCAGUGCGGAUUCUUUGGGGUCUUUGAUGGGCACGGCGGCGCGCGCGCAGCAGAGUACGUCCAGAACAACAUCUUCCAGAACCUGUCCGCUCACCCCAAGUUUGAGUCCGACACGGCAGUGGCCAUCGCUGAGUCGUAUAAUCAGACGGACCAGGACUACCUCAAGUCCGAGAACGCGCAGAACAAGGACGCCGGGAGCACGGCGUCGACGGCCGUCAUAGUGGGCAACAAGCUGCUGAUUGCAAACGUGGGGGACUCGCGCGCCGUCAUCAGCAGAGGAGGCCAAGCUAUCGCCCUAUCGGUUGAUCAUAAGCCGAACCGGUCAGAUGAGAGACAGCGCAUUGAGAAUGCGGGAGGAGUCGUUAUGUGGGCGGGCACAUGGAGAGUUGGUGGGGUUCUGGCAGUGUCACGAGCCUUUGGAGACCGUCUUCUGAAGCGAUACGUAAUACCAGAACCCGAGAUCCAGGAGGAAACGAUCAAGACGGGCGACGACUUCCUGAUCCUCGCUAGUGACGGCCUGUGGGACGUCAUCAGCAAUCAGGACGCGGUACAAUUAGUGCAGAGUGUGACCGAUGCUCAAGAGGCGGCGAAGAAAUUGACGGAUGAAGCAUACAACCGUGGGAGUGCAGACAACAUAACCUGUGUAGUAGUCCGGUUCUUGCACUAAUUGCUUCUUGGAUUUGUGAGCAGAGCAAGUCCUUUUGGUCCUGUGUACAUGUAGAUUGAACAAACAUAUUACGAUUCUACCUCAAGGACGGUUUCAUGAAAGCAAAGGCAGCAUUGCAUACUUUAGGUUCUGGAGCCAGGCUUCUACAUAGCAAGCUCGAGCUGGAAUGAUCUUUCACGUAUAUUGGGCGAGCCUUUGUGCACAGAUUACCUCCAAUUUACCGUAUGCUU